AAUUAUUUUUAUUCACAUGAUAAUUUGUGUCCUACAUAUAGGUACUUUCUUGGGGAAGUCUGCAGCUGAGUCUGUGGCUGACUGUGUUGCUUGUUACCCGGGUUUUUACUGCCCCUCGUGGGCUCAGAUCUCUGCUGACCUCCUCUGUCCCCCGGGGUGGUUCUGUCCACCAGGAUCAAUGUCUGGACAUCAGCCAGGAUGUCAGUGCCCACCUGGCCAUGCGUGCCCACAUGGUAGUGCUCAGCCGGCCAUCUGUAGCUCUGGCACUUUUCAGUAUUCAUCUGGACAGUCAACUUGCAACACCUGCCCACCAGGUUUCUACUGUAUGGAGGGUUCAUCUGUGCCAUCUCCGUGUCCGACGGGCCAUGUCAGUCCGUCAACUGGCAGGACGUCCCUCAGUGACUGCUCCCCCUGCCCCCCUGGCACCUUCUGUAACAGCAGUGCUCUGACAGAGCCAUCUGGACUCUGUAUCCCAGGUUUUGACAGUCCAGACAUUUUUGUUCCCUGGGGUCCACUGAGCCUUCUCCUGUCUCCCAGCCUUAUGGAGAUGUUUGUCCCGUGGGACACUAUUGUCCUCAGGGUAGUGGGUCACCAAAACCCUGUCCUGUUGGCAGCUUCCUCCCAGAGCCUGGAGCUUCCUCCCCCUCUCACUGCCGCCGUUGCCCCCCAGGGAGAUACUGCCUUAGUCCAGGAGCCUCGCAGCCGACAGGUGGGAGAUUUCACCAGGUUUCCAUUAGUCAAUGACAGUCUGUGCUUUGCAGGUUUCUUCUGUUCUGGAGGUGCAGAUAGCCCCACACCUCGUGCCAACUCCUCUUUGUUCAGCUGUCUUCAUGAAAUACUGGAUAUUUAUACUGCGAAGACAGACGCCGCCUUCUGGAUGCGCAAUCUGUCCUGCUUCAGUAACUCCAGUAAUUCUGGGAAAGAUGCUUGGAAGAUCGAAGUGGUAACGGCGCCACAGGCAGAUUCAGACCAUAUUGUGACUCACUCACCGCCAUGUCUCAAGAGUCCACAUUAUGCAUGUUCCACCUACAGAGGAGAUAUAUGCCCUAGGGGUUUCUAUUGUCCCUUGGGCUCUGCCUACCCUCAGCCCUGUGAGGCUGGCUUUUACUGUAACCAGACGGGUCUAGAAGCUCCGGGAGGACCCUGUGCUGCAGGAUAUUACUGCCCAAAAGGCUCUUUAGACCCCCAUUCCACCUCUUGCCCCACAGGACACUACUGCCCCCUUGGAACUCCUCUUCCUCUGCCCUGCCCUCGUGGAACCAUAAGAAGUUCCCUCGGUGGAGCUACGGUCGAGGCUUGCCAGCUGUGUCCUCCAGGUCACUACUGCCACCAGAGAGGCAGAGCUGAGCCAAGUGGUCAGUGUGCAGAAGGCUAUUACUGUCCUGGGGGACAGAGCUCUGAGAGACCAAAACAACAUGUCUGCUCAGUGGGACAUUAUUGUGAGAAGGUCAGCCAUCCAGUAUUAGUCUUCAAGCUACCGGCAGUGCCAGACAGGAAGUCUGCCUUCCAGGCAGCUAUCAGCUCAGACAAGGCCAGGGCAGCUGUGAGACAUGCCCUGCUGGUUACUAUUGUCAAAAUCAAGGAAUGA